GUCCCAGUGAGGGAGCUGACGGCAGGCCCAGUCAUCCAGUUGGCCCAGUUUUUCCGCUGCAACGUGAGAUGUCGUCGCUUGUAGUUGCGUUUAAAAUCACGAGAACGCGGAAAAGGACGACAUGAGUUGGAAUCCUCUGAAACGACUGUCGAAGCCAUCGACUCGCACCUCUCCUGGAGGUGAACUGGACGAGAAGACUGUCGAAGAAUAUGUAUCUAAAUUUGUUCGCCUGGAGACUGAUACAAAGAAACUGCACAAGGAUGCCAAAAAGUAUGAGGAUGCCAUGCUUGCAUUGUACCACUGUGAAAAAAAGAUGAGCAGCGACCUGGCCAACGGAGAGCUGUGCAAUGACAACCCCGAGCUGCGUAGACUCGUGGAAGAGUGGCUAAGUUUUGCAUCGUCCAUGGAUUCUGCUGUAGACGAUCACCUGGUGGCGAUUAGACGUUGCCUCGUAGACCCCCUCAAGAGGUACCAGACAGUCUUCACGGAAGUGCAGGCGGCGCUCAAGCGUCGCAACCAAGUGGCCCAGGAGUGCGUCCGACUGGAGCAGCGUGCGGAGCGACUGGCAGGCCGUGAAACAACUGGUCCCAACCUGGCCAAGCUGAGCGAGUGCAAGCAAGCCCUCGAGGCGGCACGGGGCGACUUGCGUACCCAGGGUGCACUGCUGGCCCAGGACCUGCCACGCUGGUACCAGGCAAGCAACCUCUACCUGCAGCCCUGCCUUGAAGCCCUGAUGCACAGCCAGACCCUGCACUGGGGGCAGGCAACAACGUGCGCGCACAAUCUGCUCGCCCCAGGUGCGAAGGUGCCCGUGGAGCAGCGCCUGGCCGCUGUCAGGGCCCUCUCCAUCGUGGCACUGCCGUCGUAAAGGCCACAAUAAAGCACUUUAUUUUUGUA